AUGUCUACUUCACAGCCUGACUUGGUCAAUUCGACAACUGCCGUGGCCUCUAAUCGGUCCAUACAGUUUCGAGAAUCAAUUUCCCAGCCGGUUGUCGCUGCAUUCUGCGCUGGAGGCGUCGCCGGCGCAGUGUCCCGAACCGUUGUGUCCCCCUUAGAACGACUCAAGAUUCUCAUGCAGGUCCAAAGCGUUGGACGAGAUGCAUAUAAGUUAUCCGUUGGAAGGGCUCUGGUAAAGAUGUGGAAGGAAGAAGGCUGGAGAGGAUUCAUGCGAGGCAACGGCACCAACUGCAUCCGCAUCGUUCCCUACUCUGCUGUCCAAUUCAGUAGUUACAACUUCUACAAACGGAACAUCUUCGAGAGCCAUCCAGGCGCUGAUUUAUCGCCCUUCACUCGUCUUAUCUGUGGCGGUAUAGCUGGCAUAACAUCUGUGUUUCUCACAUACCCCCUCGAUAUUGUUCGCACACGGCUAUCUAUCCAGUCCGCAAGUUUUGCAGAGCUAGGAGACAGACCGGACAAAUUGCCCGGUAUGUGGACUACUUUGACACAAAUGUACAAGACCGAGGGCGGCAUGUCUGCAUUAUAUCGAGGUAUCAUCCCUACUGUUGCUGGAGUAGCACCAUAUGUCGGCCUGAACUUUAUGGUUUAUGAAUCUGUCCGGAAAUACUUGACGCCGGAGGGAGAGCAGAACCCCAGCGCGUCUCGCAAGCUACUUGCUGGUGCCAUCUCAGGGGCCGUAGCACAAACUUGCACAUACCCCUUCGACGUUUUGCGGCGACGAUUCCAGAUCAACACCAUGUCAGGUAUGGGCUACCAGUACAAGGGCAUCACAGAUGCUAUUCGGGUUAUCGUGAUGCAAGAGGGAAUCAAGGGUCUCUACAAGGGCAUUGUGCCCAACCUCCUGAAGGUCGCUCCCAGUAUGGCGUCAAGCUGGCUGAGCUUCGAGAUGACUCGUGAUUUCCUUGUUGAACUCAGACCUAACCCCGAGCCUCAACAAUUGUGA